UGUUACUGGGAAAGGAGAAGUUUGCAGCUCAGUGAGUGGGAGAGUGGAGGAAGGGUGGAGAGGAGCAGGAGGGAGGAGAGACACGGGGCAAAAACUGUCUGGAGAUGGCUUUCAGAAGGAGGAAAACUUACCCCAUCUUCAGCCAGGAGUUUGUCAUCCACAACCAUGCGGACAUCUGCCUCUUCCUGGCCAUCGUGGUCCUCAUUGGGCUCAUGUUUGAGGUCACGGCGAAAACUGCCUUUAUCUUUAUUUUACCUCAGUAUAACAGCAGCAUACAGUCACUAGACGGUGAGAUUGUUUACUAUCAUUAUGGGGUGAAAGACUUGGUCACCAUUUUGUUUUAUAUCUGCAUUACCCUCAUUCUACAUGCAGUGGUGCAAGAAUACUUUCUUGAUAAAAUAAACAGACGUCUUCACCUGUCCAAAGUGAAGCAAAGUAGGUUCAAUGAAUCUGGCCAGCUGGCGGUAUUUCACCUUGUAUCCACGGUUUGGUGUCUGUAUGUAGCGGGAACAGAAGGUUAUUUAUCCAAUCCUAAAACACUAUGGGAAAGCUAUCCUCAUGUUUACCUUCCAUUCCAAGUUAAGUUCUUCUACCUGUGUCAACUUGCAUACUGGCUGCAUGCGCUGCCCGAAUUGUACUUCCAGAAAGUGAAAAAGGAGGAAAUUCCACGCCAGUUACAGUAUAUUGUUCUGUACAUCCUUCACAUAGCGGGCGCCUACCUACUGAAUUUAACACGACUAGGCCUCAUAUUGCUUCUCCUGCAGUCCGUGGCAGAGUUUCUAUUCCACAUUGCUCGCCUGUUUUAUUUCACGGACGAAAACAACCAAAAAUUAUUUAACGCAUGGGCUGUUGUCUUUGUGGUCACGCGGCUCUUCACUCUGACCCUGUCGGUUCUGACCAUUGGGUUUGGCCUUGCCAGAGCAGAAGUCCACACAUUUAAUCCAGACAAAGGAAACUUCAACACACUACUUUUUAGGAUGUUUGUGCUGCUUUUGAUGUGUAUCUCCCAAACAUGGAUGAUGUGGCGGUUUAUCCACUUUCAACUGCGACGCUGGCGAGAAGAACAAGCCACCAAGAAGAAGGCUGCAGUAGCUGUUACGGCAAAACCGCAACCCAAGGUCCUAAAAAGGGAAUCUGGCUUUCAUGAAAAUGGAGUAGUAAAAGCAGAGAACGGAUCUACUCCUCGGCCGAAGAAGCUAAAGUCUCCAUAAAUGGAAAGCCCUGUGUGGCCGAGGGGAUCCGAGCCUGGGACUUACUCUGUGCUCCUCAUUUUUGCCACCAGCGUGCCUCUAUGAUCCAGUAAACAAGUGCCUUUCUGAGUCCUCACUAGAGACUAUUAGUAUCUUAACAAAAAGAACAUACAAAUUGCCGAACUUGCCUUUUGAUCCAGUCCUGGUACAUUCAAGCCUCGGAAAUGUACAUUCCAUUUUUUUAUUUGUUGACUGAAUUUUUUAUUUUUUUGGUCAGUAACUUUUCCAAAGCCAGCUACACCAUCAACUGAUAAUUCAGGAGCACUACCUCCUCUCUGUGUUUUUUAUUUUUAUUUUUUAAACCUGCAUAGCGACAUUGUUGUGCAAUAAGAAGGACAAUGCCUGUGCAGACAACAGUUUUGGCCUCACUGGAGGGCUCCAGCAUGUGAACGUUUGACAUAAGCUCUGUCAAUGUGGCGCUGUUUGAAAGGGACUUUUUGAUUGGUUACUGUUCCUUUUAUUGGUUGCCAAUUGAGAUAAGCAUGUCCUAUUUUUUAUUUUUUUUGUUUACAAAGUAUAUACAAUAUGUCUAGUUGUUAAGUAUUUUAUAUUCCUCAGUACCCUAGUUUUGAAUUUUGCACAGACUAAAACAUUUUUAUUUUUUGUUUCUUCUUUAUUGCGAAACACACCUCUCCUACCCAAUCCCCGUGACCUUUUCUGGGAUCAUGUUAAAUAUUCUUUCAUGGGAAUUGUUACCUUCAGUAACCCUUUAAGUGCUGUGUGUGACCAUGCGUCACUCCGUUUAACUGUUCUACUGCUAAGGGGAAAGUUAACAAAUGAGCCUUUGUCAAAAGAUUAGUCAAGAUCUUGUGCGAUUUUGUAAAUGUCAGAUUUAUUCAAGGUUAUUGUACAAUUUGUUUUUUUUAGGUCCUCUUCGUUUUUUGGAUUGUAUUUUUUUUUUUUACAAAUUUUUGACAAACCUAGGACUUAAUGGAAAUAAAGCCAACCUUGACUAAAUAUAUACAUAUAUAUAUAUAUAUUUUUAUUUUAUUUUUUUUCUUCUGAAAACGAAUGUGAAUUCUGCCAAAUGUUAACUGCCGUUGCUGUGUCUGGUCCGAAGCGGCAAGGGAUCCAAAGUUCACGAGGUGUUGCCAUGAUUCUAUACAUUUCUGCCGUCUCCGGCGUGGUUCUAUUCAAGGUCAAUGACAUCAGAGUUACGCCUGGAAUUAUUUCUGUAGUCACAUUUUUUAUACGGUUGUCUAUGAAUUUGGAUAAAGAUGGUUUGAUUUUGAAA